AUGGCAACCGCAACACCACAAGGCAAUCAACCGGCCGUCCGGUAUACCCAGGCUUGCGUCAUCAUGGGCGAUGGAGAGACGCGAAAGAUCACACUGGCACAGGACAUCCCCUUGACCGAGCUCAAGACCUUGGAACAAGCCAACAAGGUUCUGUGUUCCUAUUUCGCUCCAUCACUUCGCCACAUCGGUUUCGAUUCUGUGAUUCUGCUCAAUGUGCGACUCUAUGGCGGCAAACUCGGACCCACAAAGUACGCGACUACCACAAUCGAACACGUCUAUUCCAGAUGGUUCAAGGAGAUCAAGGCUCAGCCAUCAGCAGCAGCAAAGCUCGAGUUCCACAUCGCCAGCAAGAUGAAGCUCACACUCUUGAUGGAGUCGAUGCCGCAUGCGAUCAUGGAGGUCGAGAAAUCCAAGUGGCCGCAGUCCUCCACCGGUCAUGGUCCUUUGGGCAAACCAGCAGUGCUUCCAUACCAAGAUCUGAAGCUGUUGAAGAAGAGCAACAGACAGCUGCGCAACAAGAACGUGAGACUCGUGGACGAGGUCGCAGAGCUGAAGGAGAAGGUUGGUGGUCUGGAAAAGGAAAAGGCCGAUCUGAAGGAGGAGAACGGUGGCUUGGAGAACAAAGUCGCAGAACUCGAAGAGCGCAUCGCAGAUCUGCUUCGUGAGAAGGCCUUGAAUGCAGACAUCAGCAGACGAUACGCUGCAGAAAUGGAGCGUAAGGUCACGAAGCUCGAGAACAAAAUCGAGUCCAUGCGCGAGGAGCGAAAGGAAUGGAAGAGCGGGUUGUCAGCUGCUUAUGAGUCUGAGUCUGAUCCGGACAUGUAUGAUGCUGGAGAGCCAGAUGAGUACGAGGACGACUUAGAAUGA